AUGGCGCAAGUAUUACCGAUACGUUUUCAGGAGCAUUUACAGCUCACAAAUGUGGGUAUUAAUCCUGCCUCGAUAUCCUUCAACACACUCACAAUGGAGUCGGACAAGUUCAUCUGUGUUCGUGAGAAAGUAGGUGAGACAGCUGAAGUUGUGAUCAUCGACAUGGCGGAUCCCACCAGCCCUAUUCGUCGACCAAUUAGUGCAGAUUCGGCCAUCAUGAACCCAGCAAGCAAAGUUAUUGCACUGAAAGGAAAGGCGGGAGUUGAAGCAGCUCAAAAGACCCUCCAGAUCUUUAACAUCGAAAUGAAGUCGAAGAUGAAAGCGCACACGAUGACUGAAGACAUUGUAUUCUGGAAGUGGAUCUCGUUAAACACCCUGGCGCUGGUAACUAAAAUGUCGGUGUACCAUUGGUCUAUGGAGGGUGAUUCCACGCCGGUGAAGAUGUUCGACAGGCACUCUUCGCUCGCUGACUGCCAGAUAAUCAACUACAGGACUGAUCCAAAGCAACAGUGGUUGUUAUUAGUCGGCAUUUCAGCUCAGCAAAAUCGCGUGGUGGGAGCUAUGCAGCUCUACUCAGUAGAGCGCAAGUGCUCGCAGCCCAUCGAAGGUCACGCGGCUUCCUUCGCGACGUUCAAGGCUGAGGGUAACGCCGAACCUUCCACACUGUUCUGCUUCGCUGUCAGAACUGCUCAAGGAGGCAAACUGCAUAUUAUUGAGGUGGGCCAAACUCCCGCGGGCAACCAACCAUUCCCAAAGAAGGCGGUAGACGUGUUUUUCCCGGCCGAAGCACAGAACGACUUUCCGGUAGCAAUGCAGGUGUCGCCGAAAUAUGACGUCAUUUACCUCAUCACAAAGUACGGGUACAUCCACAUGUAUGAUAUCGAAACUGGCACGUGCAUCUAUAUGAACAGGAUUUCGUCAGAUACGAUAUUCGUCACAGCUCCUCAUGAAUCAACUGGAGGGAUUAUCGGUGUAAACCGUAAGGGCCAGGUGCUUUCUGUCACAGUAGAAGAGGACUCGAUAGUUCCUUACAUCAACACGGUUCUCCAAAAUCCUGAAUUGGCGCUUCGAUUAGCUGUAAGAAAUAACCUCGCGGGUGCUGAGGAGCUGUUCGUUAGGAAAUUCAAUAUGCUUUUCACCAACGGACAGUAUGGAGAAGCAGCCAAGGUAGCAGCAAUGGCGCCUAGAGGCAUUCUUCGUACUCCGCAGACAAUCCAACGGUUUCAGCAGGUCCCUACACAACCGGGCCAGACGUCGCCGCUACUUCAGUAUUUCGGAAUUCUGCUCGACCAAGCCCAGCUUAAUAAGUUCGAGUCAUUGGAGUUAUGCCGUCCCGUGCUGUUGCAAGGUCGCAAGCAACUUCUAGAAAAAUGGUUAAAAGAAGAGAAACUAGAAUGUUCUGAAGAGCUUGGUGACUUGGUCAAGCAGGUUGACCCUACACUUGCUCUGUCAGUGUACCUACGUGCAAAUGUUGCCAGCAAAGUAAUACAGUGCUUCGCCGAGACUGGACAGUUCCAGAAAAUUGUUCUUUAUGCCAAGAAGGUUGGCUACACCCCAGACUACAUCUUCCUUCUACGCUCAGUGAUGCGAACAAACCCUGAGCAAGGCGCCGGCUUCGCAGGAAUGUUGGUCGCUGAGGAACCUCCCUUAGCCGACAUCAAUCAGAUCGUCGAUGUGUUUAUGGAACAGAAUAUGGUCCAGCAGUGUACCGCUUUCCUUCUAGACGCGCUUAAGAACAACAGGCCUGAGGAGGGGCCUUUACAGACUAGGUUGCUAGAAAUGAACUUGAUGUCGGCCCCACAAGUGGCGGACGCGAUCCUGGGCAACGCGAUGUUCACGCACUACGACCGCGCGCACGUGGCGCAGCUGUGCGAGAAGGCCGGCCUGCUGCAGCGCGCGCUCGAGCACUACACCGACCUCUACGACAUCAAGCGCGCCGUCGUGCACACCCAUCUCCUUCCCGCCGACUGGCUAGUCACAUACUUCGGAAGCCUAUCCGUCGAAGACUCCUUGGAAUGUCUGAAAGCUAUGCUUCAGGCCAACAUUCGUCAGAACCUACAAAUCUGCGUGCAAAUCGCCACCAAGUAUCAUGAGCAGUUGACCACAAAGUCCUUGAUAGAGUUGUUUGAAAGCUUCAAGACUUACGAAGGCUUGUUCUACUUCUUAGGGUCCAUUGUUAACUUCAGCCAAGAUCCAGAAGUACACUUCAAAUAUAUUCAGGCUGCCUGUAAGACUGGUCAAAUCAAAGAAGUAGAACGCAUUUGCCGAGAAUCUAACUGCUACAACGCCGAGCGAGUAAAGAACUUCCUGAAGGAAGCCAAGUUACCCGACCAGCUGCCUCUGAUCAUCGUGUGCGACAGAUUCGACUUCGUGCACGACUUAGUACUGUACCUGUACAGGAACAGUCUGCAAAAGUAUAUUGAGAUUUAUGUCCAGAAGGUGAACCCAUCCCGUUUGCCGGUUGUAGUAGGCGGUCUAUUGGAUGUUGAUUGUGCAGAAGACAUCAUCAAGAAUCUAAUUCUGGUGGUGAGAGGACAAUUCUCUACUGAUGAGCUAGUGGCUGAGGUGGAGAAGAGAAACAGACUGAAACUGUUGCUCCCAUGGUUGGAGACACGCGUACACGAGGGCAGCAACGAACCUGCCACGCACAACGCACUCGCCAAGAUAUACAUCGACUCCAACAACAACCCUGAGCGGUUCCUCAAGGAGAACCAAUGGUACGACUCGCGCGUGGUGGGGCGCUACUGCGAGAAGCGCGACCCGCACCUGGCGUGCGUUGCGUACGAGCGCGGCCAGUGCGACCGCGAGCUCAUCGCCGUGUGCAACGACAACUCGCUGUUCAAGACGCAGGCGCGCUACCUCGUGCGGCGCCGCGACCCCGACCUGUGGCUCGACGUGCUCGCCGAGUCCAACCCCUUCAAGCGCCAGCUCAUCGACCAGGUCGUCCAAACAGCGUUGUCUGAAACUCAAGAUCCAGAAGACAUCUCUGUUACCGUUAAAGCAUUCAUGACAGCUGAUUUACCAAAUGAGCUCAUUGAGCUAUUAGAGAAGAUUGUACUGGACAACUCAGUGUUCUCUGACCACAGGAACCUGCAGAACUUGCUCAUACUUACGGCAAUAAAGGCGGACCGCAGUCGUGUGAUGGAAUAUAUCAACCGGCUGGACAACUACGACGCUCCCGACAUCGCUAACAUCGCCAUCAAUAAUGAAUUAUACGAGGAGGCAUUUGCUAUCUUCAAGAAGUUUGAUGUCAAUACUUCGGCUAUACAGGUGCUGAUAGAACAAGUAAAAGACCUGGAGCGCGCAUACGAGUUUGCCGAGCGCUGCAACGAGCCCGGCGUGUGGUCACAGCUGGCCAAGGCGCAGUUACAGCAGGGCUUGGUCAAGGAGGCUAUCGACUCGUACAUCAAAGCAGAUGACCCUUCGGCGUAUAUGGAUGUCGUGGACACAGCGACCAAGCGAGAGUCGUGGGAGGACCUUGUUAGGUAUCUACAGAUGGCGCGCAAGAAGGCCCGCGAGUCGUACAUCGAGUCGGAGCUGAUCUACGCGUACGCGCGCACGGGGCGCCUGGCCGACCUGGAGGAGUUCAUCUCCGGGCCCAACCACGCCGACAUACAGAAGAUCGGCGACCGCUGCUUCGACGACCAAAUGUACAACGCCGCUAAACUCCUCUACAACAAUGUCAGCAAUUUCGCGAGACUCGCCAUCACGCUUGUGCACCUUAAGGAAUUCCAGGGCGCGGUGGACAGCGCGCGCAAGGCCAACUCGACGCGCACGUGGAAGGAGGUGUGCUUCGCGUGCGUGGACGCCGGAGAGUUCCGCCUCGCGCAGAUGUGCGGCCUCCACAUCGUCGUGCACGCCGACGAGCUCGAGGACCUCAUCAACUAUUACCAGGACCGCGGCCACUUCGAUGAGUUGAUCAGUCUACUAGAAGCUGCCCUCGGCCUGGAAAGAGCUCACAUGGGCAUGUUUACAGAGUUAGCCAUCCUUUACUCCAAGUACAAGCCUGCCAAGAUGCGAGAGCACCUCGAACUGUUCUGGUCGAGAGUCAAUAUUCCUAAGGUGCUCCGUGCGGCCGAACAUGCACACUUGUGGUCGGAACUAGUGUUCUUGUACGACAAGUACGAGGAGUACGACAACGCGGCUCUAACCAUGAUGCAGCAUCCUACUGAAGCGUGGCGAGAAGGGCAUUUCAAGGAUAUUAUCACAAAGGUAGCCAAUAUGGAACUAUAUUACAAAGCCAUACAAUUCUACCUGGACUACAAGCCGCUGCUUCUGAACGACCUGUUGCUAGUACUGGCACCUCGCAUGGACCACACGCGAGCUGUCACGUUCUUCACUAAGGUGGGACACCUGCAGCUGGUAAAGGCGUACCUGCGGUCGGUGCAGAGCCUCAACAAUAAAGCUGUCAAUGAGGCACUGAAUUCGCUACUUAUUGAUGAGGAAGAUUAUCAGGGACUAAGAACGUCGAUAGAUGCGUUCGACAAUUUCGACACAAUCGCACUCGCGCAGCAGUUAGAGAAACACGAACUCACCGAGUUCAGAAGAAUCGCCGCUUACCUCUACAAAGGUAACAACAGAUGGAAGCAGUCUGUGGAGUUGUGCAAGAAGGACGCGCUGUACGCCGACGCCAUGGAGUACGCGUCCGAGUCGCGCCAACCCGACGUCGCCGAGGAGCUGCUUAACUGGUUCCUCGAGAGGGACAACUACGAGUGCUUCUCUGCUUGUCUCUAUCAGUGCUACGACCUCCUGAAACCCGACGUUGUAAUUGAAUUAGCAUGGAGACAUAACAUCAUGGACUUCGCUAUGCCCUUCCUUAUACAGACUGUUCGAGAGUUAACAACAAAGGUUGAAAAACUGGAGGAGGCUGACGCUAAGCGCAGUACAGAGAGCGCCGAACAUGAAGCUAAACCCGCCAUGAUCAUGGAGCCACAGCUUAUGCUUACUGCUGGUCCAUCGAUGCAGUACCCAGGCGUAGUACCCGGGGUAGUCCCAGGAGUAGCAGCGCAGGCGUCUCCCUAUGCGUAUGCGGCGCAAGCACCUUCCCCCGCGCCCUACCACGGGUACGGCAUGUAG